UUUGCCGAACUUGAAAAUAAACUAAAAAAAUUGUUAACUCAGAGUCCGAUAGUGCGUAGGUAUUUCAAGGAGAAUGGAAGGAAACGCAAGGGAAGUGUCGAUGACGAUGAUGUUAUAGAUGAAGAAGGAUUUACAAUGAGGAAGCAACAUACCCUAAUGGGUUUAAUGGCUUUUGCAGCAGUUUUGGUUAUG